AUGGGAGACUCGUUUCUCCGUACCAUCGUCGACACGCCUCCGCUCUCAUACUCGACUCCGCCCUUUCCCUCCUUGUACUGGCCUUUUCCUGUCGGCGGAACCCAGACCCUGUACCUCUACCACUCACACGACAUAUGGCGCUUCACCCUUCUCUGGACCAUCAUUGAUGUCGUCGGCAUCCACCUGAUUGCUGCCGCCUUUGCCAUGGCCAUUCAAUGGCGCAACUGGAAGCUCAUCUGGAUUGCCCCCAUCGUCUUCGGCUUCAUCGGUGCCGUCGAAGCUCUGAUUGCUGGCAACGUCGUUGGUGGUCUGUUGAGUGGUGUCUAUACUGCUGGCUACUUUCGCAUGUCUACCUGGAUCCCCUUUUCUUGGGGCAUCAUCAAUUCCCUCGUCCUGAUCCUGUCGUCCUUUGCUAUACAAGGUGGCAUGUGA